CCCCAACCCAGGGAGGAGGGAGAAGAGGACGAGGGAGAGGAGGGCGGUCGUCCGGGGUUAGGUGUGGGGGGGGUGUCGGUCCGUUCAGGGCGGGGGAUGACUCACAGCCCAUCCCAUCUCCCAGACGCCGCCUGCUCGCCCGCGCGGAGCUAGCUCCAUGGCUUAGCUGAGGAGGGGGCGGUGGCGAGCGGGGGGAGGGGUACUCUUAUUUUUGUUAGGGGGACCGGGCCGAGGCCCGACCGGCCUGGCAGGGCUCGCCCGGGGUCGGGCGUCAUGUCUCAUGAAGCCGAGCCAGCUCGGGAAGGCGUAGAGGCCAGCGCGGAGGGCCCUCGAGCUGUGUUCGUGCUGUUGGAGGAGCGCAGGUCCGCCGAUUCAGCCCAGCUGCUCAGCCUGAACUCUCUGCUUCCUGAAUCUGGGAUUGUUGCUGACAUCGAAUUAGAAAACAUCCUUGAUCCUGACAGUUUCUACGAGCUCAAAAGCCAACCCCUACCCCUACGCUCCAGCCUCCCAAUAUCACUGCAGGCCACAGCAGCCCCAGCUACACUCUCUGCAUCGUCUUCUGCAGGGGGCUCCAGGACCCCUGCCAUGUCGUCAUCAUCCUCAUCGAGGGUCUUGCUGCGGCAACAGCUCAUGCGGGCCCAGGCACAAGAGCAGGAGAGGCGUGAGCGUCGGGAACAGGCCGCAGCCACUCCCUUCCCCAGUCCCGCACCUGCCUCUCCCGCCAUCUCUGUGGUUGGCGUCGCUGCUGGGGGCCACACGUUGAGCCGUCCGCCACCUGCUCAGGUGCCCAGGGAGGUACUCAAGGUGCAGACCCACCUGGAGAACCCAACACGCUACCAUCUGCAGCAAGCACGCCGGCAGCAAGUAAAACAGUACCUGUCCACCACACUUGGGCCCAAACUGGCUUCCCAGGCCCUCACUCCACCACCGGGGCCCACGAGUGCCCAGCCCCUGCCUGCUCCUGAGGCUGCCCAUGCCACUGGCCCCACAGGCAGCGCCCCUAACAGCCCCAUGGCACUGCUCACCAUUGGGUCCAGCUCAGAGAAGGAGAUUGAUGAUGUCAUUGAUGAGAUCAUUAGUCUGGAGUCCAGUUACAACGAUGAGAUGCUCAGCUAUCUGCCCGGAGGCACCACAGGGCUGCAGCUCCCCAGCACGCUGCCUGUGUCAGGGAAUCUGCUUGAUGUGUACAGUAGUCAGGGUGUGGCUACGCCAGCCAUCACUGUCAGCAACUCCUGCCCAGCUGAGCUGCCCAACAUCAAACGGGAAAUCUCUGAAACCGAGGCAAAGGCCCUUUUGAAGGAACGGCAGAAGAAAGACAAUCACAACCUGAUUGAGCGUCGAAGGCGAUUCAACAUUAACGAUAGGAUCAAGGAGCUCGGCACCCUCAUCCCCAAGUCCAAUGACCCGGAGAUGCGCUGGAACAAGGGUACCAUCCUAAAGGCCUCUGUGGAUUACAUCCGCAAGUUACAGAAGGAGCAGCAGCGAUCCAAGGAUCUGGAGAGCCGGCAGAGAUCCCUGGAGCAAGCAAACCGCAGCCUGCAGCUUCGGAUUCAGGAGCUAGAACUGCAGGCCCAGAUCCAUGGUCUGCCAGUGCCUCCCAAUCCAGGCCUACUCUCCCUGGCCACGACUUCAGCCUCCGACAGCCUCAAGCCAGAGCAGCUGGACAUUGAGGAGGAGGGCAGGCCGAGCGCAGCAACAUUUCACGUAGCGGGGGCACCUGUCCAGAACACUCCUCAGCAGCAGCCCCCAGCACCACCCUCGGAUGCCCUUCUGGACCUGCACUUUCCCAGCGACCAUCUGGGGGAUCUGGGGGACCCCUUCCACCUGGGGCUGGAGGACAUUCUAAUGGAGGAGGAGGAGGGGGUGGUGGGGGGAUUGUCAGGGGGUGCCCUGUCCCCGCUGCGGGCUGCCUCUGAUCCUCUGCUCUCUUCGGUAUCUCCGGCUGUCUCCAAGGCCAGCAGCCGCCGCAGCAGCUUCAGCAUGGAGGAGGAGUCCUGAUCAGGCUUCACCCCUCCCCUGGGACUUCCCCACCCAGGAAAGGAGGACUUGUGAGGCUAAGGCUCCACCUUUUCCCACACCCUCCCAUGAAACUGCCCUGCCCAGGAAUUCUGGGGGAAGAGAUGCGAUCAAGGCUCCUGCCUGUGGUAGGCAAGGUGGAGGAGUCAGGGGUGGCCCUGCCCCUUCCCCCAAAGGAACUACCCAGUGCAGGUAUUUCAGAGAGAGAAGGCAGAAGAAACCUGUGCGAUCAGGGGUCAUUACCCUGAGGGUCCCACCCUUGGCCAGGUAAGGAAGGGAGACACAGAGUGAGGUCCCACUUCUGUCACCUAAAGAAUAGCCUUACCUGGUCUCCUGGGAAUAGAUACUAGGAUGCUGCUCCGUCCUUUUCUUCGGGAACCACCAGUCUAGCCCAUCCAGGCACUGGAAGAAGAAUCUAGUUCAGUGAUAGCUAACCUUGUAGUGCUUUCAGUAAUAACAAACAGCCUGCUGCAGCACUUGAGCUGUAGGAUCACCACCACUGGUCUAAACAUGGGGGUCCCACCCCUGGAGGUUUAAGCCCCGCCUCUUCCCCGUGUCCCUGGGAGCUCAGUCCUGGCCUUCUGGGGAUGGAGGGCAGGCCUCACCCCUUACCUAGAAGAGCCAGCACGGGUGUUUCAAGUGUGGAGGAAUUAGUAGGAUCAGGGCACCCCACUUAGAGACCACCACCCUGCCUCUGGCCCUUAGUGACAUCCCACACGAGCAUUCUACACUUCAGGGAGGAGCAGUGCUGAAGCUCCCCGCCUUAAUCUGGGACCAGCCUGACCAGACCUGGGCAGGCUGUGCACUGACCUUGCUGUCCUAGAAGGGGCAGAUCGUGAGCUGUGUAGACUGGCUUCCCAGACCGACAUCCAGAUUGAGAGUUAGGCUCCCACCCUUGGGCACAGACCUGCCUUGUUCGUUGAGGGACUGUUUGAGACAGUGAUAGGGAUUAGUGGCGAUCCCUCCCAGUCACCCAAAGCCAGUACCCAGUUCAACUUGCAGAACGUGUGAAGGGGAUUUCCCAGCCUGGGAAAAUGAAGCCCUCUACAAGGCAGAAAUUUGGGGGAAGGGUUG